UUUCCGUCUACUCUUAACUCACCAACAUGAGUGUAGAUCCAGCUCUGCCCCUAUGCCCGCCUGGCCCCGAAGCACCCAGUUCUAGGGACUCUUCUCCAAUGCCUGAGAUUUACGGGCCUGAAGAAAAUUAUGCAUCCCUGCAAAUGUCAUCUGCUGAGACACGCCAUGCUGAGACUGUCUUUCCUCUUCCUUCGUCCAUGGAUCUGCUUGUUCAGGACAGCCCCGACUCCUCCAUGAGUCCCAAGGUAAAACCACCACCCACUUCUGGAGAGGAGAGAACAGUGAGGAAGGAAGAUACGUCCCAGGGCAAGAAACAGAAGAUCAGGACUGUGUUCUCUCAGACCCAACUCUAUGUCCUCAAUGAUCAAUUUCAGAGACAGAAAUACCUCAGUCUCCAGCAGAUGCAAGAACUUUCCAACAUUCUGAACAACAACCUUAGCUAUAAGCAGGUGAAGACCUGGUUCCAGAACCAGAGAAUGAAAUGUAAGAAGUGGCAGAAAAACCACUGGCCAAAGGAGAGCAAGAGUGUGAGUCAGGUGACAGGAAGCUUUUAAGUUUCUGCUUUCUUUUCACUGACUUCUUAGUUUUGUUCAUUGCUAAACCAUAUAUCUCUGCCUCAAUAUUCUGUUUCCCGUUAUUCUUACUGUGUCCAUUGAAGGGGUAUGAUUGGAGUCAAAGAGGUUUCAGUAGCGUUGGCUCUAUGGACAACAUGAUAAAAGGUGUUUCUCACUAUGGAUAACUAGAUACAAUACUAAUGUGGAUAUCUUUAGGCUCUAGAAUCUAACCUCAAGAAUAGGAAGUGAAGAUACAAAGACGUGUGAUGAAGGAUAAUUUGUAUUUUCUGAGAUUGUGAGGCUUUUCUUGUUAAUAACCUCUAACGGUGAAGGGUUAAGCCUUAAUGUGCUUCAUUGAUUUCCUCUGUCUCUUGUGAUGUUUUACUAGAACUGUUAAUCUGUUCAUUAUUCUAGUAUUUGUAGAAAGAUGUUUUGUAUUUUAAUGUGUCAUGAUAAUAGUACCAGCUUGGCUGAUUGGUUUAUAGGUUUAAGUACAAAUAAAUAAAAUACACACUUCAAAAAAAAAAAAAAGAUGGUGAUACAGAUCAGCAGAUGGACUGUGUGGGAAAUGGUCCUGGGGAAAAUUGUGAACCAUAUAAGGGAAAGAUAACUAGAGCACCACAUCUCACCAUACACAAAUAUGACUCCAGCUAAUUUAGACCUGGAUGUCCAAAGCAAAAUUUUAACUCUUUUGGAGAAAAAUUUAAGAGAAUUAUUUUAUGUCAGGGUGUAAAAAUAUAUUUUUUUUUAGGUAGGACAAAAUAAGUUUAACUGUAAGUAAAAGAUUGGAAAAUUUGACUAGAUUUAAAAAAAGGAAAAAGAAUCUGUAUUACAGAAGAUCCCAUGGAGGAAAUGAUAAGCCACAGGCUGGGAGAAGGUAUUUACAGUGCGGGUUAUAGACAAAGGAUUGGUAUUUAAUAUGUAAAGGAUUCCUAAAAAGACAAAAAUAACAGAUAACACAGUAUAGAAAUGGUAAAGUGUAUAGACAGGCAAUUCAUAGAAAACUUUAAAAGGAGUUUAACCUUAAGAGGAAUCAAGGAAAUGCAAAUGAAAACCACAGUGAAGUUCUAUUUCACACCUAU